CGCGGGCCUGCCCUGUGCCCGUGGGGAAGGCAGAAGCACCCCUGUUUUUGCACAUGUGGAGGCUGAGUGGCUGCCCCAGGGAACAUCCCCCCCCAAAACUGCCUUUUUCCUGGCGCACAGAUGGGAACUGGCUGUGGGGAGACAGUGGCGGGGCCGGGGGUCUCAGAGAACAGGACCAGCAUGGCCACCACGCUGCCCCGCCUCCCACCCUCCCGCCGGCCUCCCGCCCGGAGCCCCGGGAGCCGCUGUAAUUCACUGAGACGGAUAAAUCUCUCCCGCAGCUCCGCCCGCCCGGCCCCUCCUGAGCGCGGUCGUCAUUCCUCGCUGGAUCUCGCUGCAUCUGUGGAGCAGCCCCACAUGGCAGAGACACAGAGGCCUUUGAGGGGGCUGGCUCCCCGUGCCAUGAAACCCCCGGGUCGGCCGGGCCGGGUGGCUCACCCAGAGCCUGCACCUGCAGUCCGCGGUUUCACGACCCCGCUGCACGCCUCCAACACCACCCCUCCCACUCCAUAUGCCCAGGGGGACAUUCUGUGACCCACCAUCACUGGGAGAGGGACUUGUGCAAGGUCACCCAGCACGGUGCAGGAAAAGGGGGCACCCCUCAGCUGCACCAGCGGUGCCCACACUGUCCCCAGAGUACUGCUCAUGCCCACGACUGUGCUGGCAUCAGCUGCGGGUGUCUGGGGCCGGAAGCCGUUCCCUCCCCACUGGAGGGACAGAGGUGGAGGAGCUGGGACGCUCCCGGGGGCCGGUGCUCUGAGCAGAGGGCAGCUGCUCCAGGGAGUCCCCACCCCUCCGCCCCAUCCAUCCAGGGGCACCGAGGCUGGGAAUCCUGGGGGUCCUUCCCAGACCCCCAGACCCUUCAGGAAGUCAUUUCCGAGCUUUCCAGGGGAAUCCGGACCAGUCAGCCCCAAGGACACUCAGCUGCAGGAGAUGGGCACUCGGCGGCCUCCGGGUCACCAGGAUCACCUGUCCCUCCUCCCCCCCCGCCCCCCGACGCAGGUGCUCAGCAGGCCACGGCCGCAUGCGGGUGAACAAACCCCGUGCUGCCUGGGCCCCGUCUCGGGGGUGCUGGCUUUCUCACGGUCCCAGCACCCGAGCUGGUUAGAAAGCUCGCACCGGGCCCUGAGGAGUAGACACCCCUCCUCGGGCCCAGAAGGUGCGGUGCCACCUGCUCAGCCUCCUGGACAGGAGGCACUUGAAAGGAGCCCGAGCUGGGACGUGUGGCGCUGGCCCAGGCAGCCCCAGGCAGUCUGCCCUGAGCUCUCCAGGCGAGGAGUGAGCGACCCCGGACGCGGUGAGGGACCCCUGUCCUGCAGACACCCAGGAGGCGGCAGCCACAGGAACCUGGACUGAGAAAGACCUGGAAUUUAAAAGGCUCUAUCCUGGCCGGUGUGGCUCAGUGGCUGAGCACCGACCCAUGAACCAGGAGGUCUCGGUUCGAUUCC